GGCUUGGUGGGUCAACUUCCAAAUAAAAGACGCUUGAAGAAAAAAGAUGAACGAAAGCAUACCGGCAGUGCGUUAGCAAAUAUCAAAUCUACUAUAACAACAUUGAAAAAUGUGAUUAUAUCAGAAAGAUACUGGGAUGUAUUUGCUAUCAAAGCAUGCCUUGAGGCAAUGUAUGGAAUGAUCAACGUGAACCUAAUCUAUUUGAUGAGUUUUGUUUUUGGUAUGGGAGGAAGACAAAUAGGAUUCGUCAUAUCUUUUCUUUGUGUAUGCGGAAUUGUGACGAAUAUUCUCCAAAUGAAAGUCAAUGCCAUUUUUUAUUCAGAUGACAAAGGUUAUUCUAAACUGAUACAUGGAUCUUCUUUACUUAUUUUAGGGUAUCUUGGUAUAAAUUUCAGUUCCAGUUUCACUCUUUUUAUAAUCUUUUUUGUGGUCUGUAGUAUUUCGAAAUCUCUUUUGGAUCCUGCUAUUAUGAAAUUGUUAUUGUUUAAAGUCGACGAAAAUGAGAAGGGAACAGUUAUGGGUUCUUUCGACAGCAUUCGUUCUCUGAUAGAGCUUUCGAACCCUAUAAUUUCUGGGACAAUUGUUGAAGCUUUCGGACCGAAAGCAGUAUAUCCCGUUUGUAUAUGUUUAACCACAGUAAUCAUUUCUAUAAGCGUUAUGAGGAAGUAUCAAGUGUGAUUCAAAGCAAUUAAAGUAUCCAUUGAUU